CAGAAGUGGGUGGUGAUGCCCAUGAUCAUGGUCAUCAGAUAUUUGAUCAUGAAGACGGUGAAAUCGGGGCUCAUGGGCGGGAAGUGGUUAUUAUGUAUGUUUCUGGUCCUUGGAGCUACUGUUGUUCAGGCUCAUGUUGGGCAUGAAGAUGAUAUGAUUGAUAUUGAGGAUGACCUGGAUGAUGUCAUUGAAGAGGUAGAAGACUCAAUAUCAGAUACCAGUAUGCCUCCAUCUCCAAAGGUCACCUACAAAGCUCCAGUUCCAACAGGAGAAGUUUAUUUUGCUGAUUCCUUUGACAGAGGCACUCUGUCAGGGUGGAUUUUAUCCAAAGCCAAGAAAGAUGACACUGAUGAUGAAAUUGCCAAAUAUGAUGGAAAGUGGGAGGUAGAUGAAAUGAAGGAAACAAAGCUUCCAGGUGAUAAAGGACUUGUAUCGAUGUCUCGAGCCAAGCACCACGCCAUCUCUGCUAAAUUGAACAAACCCUUCCUAUUUGAUACCAAGCCUCUCAUUGUUCAGUAUGAGGUUAAUUUCCAAAAUGGAAUAGAAUGUGGAGGUGCUUAUGUGAAACUGCUUUCCAAAACUCCUGCGAAUGCUACGCGUGAUAAUAAUAUGGUACUUGAACUUUAA